AGACAGACACGCUCACGCCUCGCCUCGCCUCAAAACCCCUGUCACUUGAUACUCAACACCAUACUCAUCCAUCAAAGACUCAAGACUGGCCACCAUCAUCAUACAUACACACACAUACUCAGCGAGGCGGCUCUCACACCCCGCCCCAUGAGUCAGGUACUCUCACAAUACCCAAUCGUGGACAGGGACCUCAAUCGCCUCGCCCACCACAACCACACAAUGGGCACUGGCGACGCCGAGGAAGCCCACGCACCCUCGACGCCAACACGAGGCAAGAGGAAGGCAGACGAGGUAGCAGCAGAGCCUGUCAGCAGCCAGAAUGGUACCCAAGAUGCACCCUGGGAGAUCACCACGCCCGAGAGACCAAAGGCGACAGAGUCUACCAAUAAGCAACAGCAAACGCAACAGCAGCCAAAGGUCAAGAAGGCAAAGCAGGCAGCUGAGCCAGUGCAAAUCAGGAAUGGCAAGCUCAUCCUGAAGCAGAAGGCCAAGAGUUUCCUCGACGAGAUCUCAGUCCUGCUAGGACUCACUGAGCUCAAGCGCUUCUGUCAGACACAGAAGGAACCUAUUUCACAGCUGCCAGACGAACAUCUAGGCGUCAUCGCCAAGUUCGCGCAAGAAAAUGACAAGGCUAGUGCUGAGCUUUCGAAGUUCAUCAAGCAGAGAGUCAUGGGGUCACAAGAUGGUCAGGCCGAAAUCGACGUCCUCCCGCUAGACACAAUUGAGAGUGCGCUUUCUCGUAUUGCGCAAAGAGUCAACUACGGCUUGGACGCUUCCGAUGUAGCCUCCUCUUCUACCUCUGCCAGCGAUUCCGAUGAUCUGCCUGCUGGGCUGCAGCUGUGGAGAUGGGAGGUGACGGACUCUUCACUGCUCCAAGGCGAACGACUCUCUGAGAUCUUGGCCCGCCGAGAGGAACGCAUCGCGGCACGAGCGCGAGCAGUAGAGAUCUUCCAGGCCUUGUCAGUGGUGGGGCGAGAAGCUCUGCUGAGCAGCAAGAAGAAGACUUCUGCCAAGGCAUCAAAAGUUAAAGCCUUGGAGGCAGCCGGACAGACAGAUGAAGCGAUGUCUGACGUCAAGGACGAGCUGGCAGAUGCUGCCGGUAGUUCCACCGCAACAAUUGUGCAAGAUGGCGAGACAUCAGCAGCUGGAGCAGACAGGAUGACUCUCGACGUGGCCGACAAUAAGAGUCCGCCUGCUUCCGCCAAAAAGAGGCGAAGCGUCUCCAUCCCUCGAGACAGCCGAAGCCCAGAACGGGGACUUGUUGAUUUGGCCAAAGCAAGCAAGAAGAAGGUCGAGGAACUGUCGCCAGAGGAGCAAGCAGAGAAAGAACGUAAAGAAGCGGAGAGGGAAGAGAGGAGGAAGCAGAAGGAAGCCAAAGAGGCCAAGAAGCAGAAGCAGCUUGAGCAGACAAAGAAGGCCGCCAGUAUGAUGUCUGGCUUCUUUGGGAGGGCGGCCUCACCCAGCAAGGAGAUGAAGGCUUCUGCUACACAAGUCUCUCCCGUGACAUUGGUAGUGUCAGACUUCGAACGCACCUUUGUGCCCAUCGUCUACAAGAACGUCGCUCCUGUCAAUCGACUUGCGACAGAUGCUUCCCCUGCAUCUAUUGACGAGGCUCUAACAUCUUCGCGAAGUCUGAGUAAGGAGGAACUUCUCGCUCUCACGGUCUGCAAGACCAUGCCACGGAAGCGUUCUACCACUGGCCCGCGCACACGUCUUAGCGUCAGAGACACCAUGAGGAUGGUGGCUGAGUCUGAUCUGAUGACGACGGCCGCUCAAGCCGAAGCCCACGAUGCUCUGGAGACGCUCAAGGAUCGUCGCAGCCGCAAAGCCGUCCCAGUCAAGCUUUUGCAGUUCGCGACUGAUAUGAGGCCAGCAUACUUUGGUACUUGGACCCGACCGUCCAAUCUGAUCUCUGGCCGACGGCCUCUCAGACAAGACCCGGUAGCUCUUGACUACAAUUAUGACUCUGAUGCCGAGUGGCAAGACGGCGGGGACGGAGAGGACGAUGCAAAGGGUGAGGAGGUGGGCGAUGAUAACGACGAUUUGGAAGAUGCGAUGUCUGGGUCGGAAGACGAGUCCGAGAUGGCGGACUGGCUGGUAGAUGAUCUUGAAGAGGAUGAAGAGGGCGGAGAUAUCGACGAUGCCAUGAGCGAUAUCAUCGAGGUAGACCCACUGGGCAACCCUCUCUCGCCCGUUCUAGGUCGAAGUCUCGCGAAUGGCAAGCUGAGCAGUGCCAAAAAGAAUUCUGACGUUGCGAGCACUGGUACCCCUCAAUUCAAGGCUGCUGGUCCUCCUACUGGCAAUGCCCCCAAACGGACUCUGCCCCUGCCCUUUGCAGGUGCGAAGAAGAAAAAGAAGAAGGUCAAGACGGCGAAGAAGUUCACCUCAAAGCUAACGCCUCUCACGAUCGGACCACACUGGUCAACUGCUCUUGGUGAAGAGGCCCAUCCUGCCUUCGCCGAGUACCAAAUGGAGUUCCUCAACGAUGCUUACGUCGGUCUGGACCCCUUCACCUUCAUCAGCAAGGACCUCUCUGCCGUUGCUCCACCAGCCGAGCCUGUCGCGCCAGUAGCUGCGCCAGCUAUUCCCAAGCCUCACGGGUCCCCUAUGCGAGGCACCAAGUUCGGUUCUGGCCUCAAAGGCCCCAGCCAUUCUGCCAACACGAGCCCGCAGAAGAAUAGCCUCCACGCGUUCCUGAACGGCGGCGCUGUGGCAGAUGGCGCAGACGCGCCGCUGUCAGCUGUCGGCAGUGCGACCGCCAGCACCUCUUCGACGCCCAUAGCUGCACCCGCCACCGGCUCGGGAGGCAAGUCUGGUCCCCUGGUCCCCGACGAGCAUCUAGCGGCAGUCCUGCAGGCCGUCGAGGGGAGCACCGACACCAAGAUGUUCCUCCUGGAGAAGCUCGCGGCGCAGUACAAGGAGGUGCGCUCCGUGACCAAGGUCGCCAUUUCCAAUACAUUGGGACUCGCGGCGGAGAAAGCUGGAGCGAAGAGGGGUGGGACUUGGAGGGUCAAGGAUGAGUGGAGGGCUAGGGCGGGAUUGGCUUGACGAGUAGCGGUACAUGCUCGAGGGGAAGAAGCCGAGCCCUUCAUCACAGCAGCAUCGCAGGGAUCAGAGAGAAAGUGUCCAAUCAUUCUUCAAUCCCAUCAUCAGAUUUGUAUCAUGACCACGAACGUCUCACGCUCCGUACCUGGCAAUGUUCAACUCAAUAAUUAGAGCAGUCUGUAGCU